UGACAUUUCCAAGUUGUAUACGUGUAUACGUGUGAAUUUCUCAAGUUUAGUUAUUUGACGUGGUUGCUCAAUUCAUUUCCAUUUGCUACAGGCCGCACUAAAAAUCUCCAAGGGUUUUGUAAGGUCUAAAACACUGCCGUGCUUCCCAGCCUACCUGACGUAGCUGUGCCAAUAUGCGUCCUGAAAUCAAGUCUUUCCACCGAAAACAGUUGCCAGCUUUUUCGCUGUUGCUGUUAUCGCUUAUGUUAUUUGGACUCACCUCUGCUCAACGGGUUGCUCCAGGAGUUCCUCCACAACACUAUCAACAAGUUCCGGUGCAGCAUAAUCAGCAACCACAAUAUCAACAACAACAGCAGCAACAAAUACACCAUGCGCCAAACGUAAAUCCCCAGCAAUAUCAACAGCAAGUGCAAUAUCAGCAGGCGCCCGUGCAACAGCAACAGCAACAGCAAUAUCAACAACAACAACAACAGCCGCAAUAUCAACAACAGGCACAACCACAACAACAGCAACAAUUCCAACAACCGCCACCACAACAGGUACAACAACAUGCACAACAUGCACCACAUGGACAUCAUGGACAACAGCAAGUGUUAAAUGCUGCCAACAUUCAAGAUGAAAGAGCUCACAUUCAGGAGCACAUGCAGGUUCCAAUUGAUACGAGCAAAAUGUCUGAGGCAGAAUUGCAAUUUCACUACUUCAAAAUGCAUGAUUCUGACAACAACAACAAAUUGGACGGUUGUGAACUCAUAAAAUCUCUUAUUCACUGGCAUGAGCAAGGAAGCAAGGAGCAACCGCACAACGAGCAGACGCCACAUGUUGAAGAGAAAAUCUUCUCCGAUGAAGAGUUGGUGGCGUUAAUCGAUCCUAUUUUGCAAAUGGAUGAUACGUCACGCGAUGGUUAUAUUGACUAUCCGGAAUUUAUAAAAGCACAACAAAAGGCUGUGGCAGCAUCACAACAGAAACAACAACAACAACAACAGCAGCAGCAACAACAACAGCAGCCACAAACUGGAAAAUAAGAGUUGCAAUUACAUAGUUUUCUUAUUGUUUGUUGUUACUUUAUUCCCUCUACUUAAGGAUUCUUAGGAUUCCAUGACAGAUUUUUUUUUGGCACAAAAAUGUGAUUUGAAAUUGUUUGCAAUUUUUUUCGUUUAUUUUUUAAUUUUUUAAUUUCGAAUGUCGUCAUUCCAAGUAAAAGGCAACUUUACCAUUAGAUUUAGCUGUGCGCGCGAACAAAUUUUAUAUUUAGCAAAUUAAUUUGGCGUUUUUUCUCGAUUUUUUUUUAUUUGAAAACCUAAUUUAUUUAAUUAUCUUAGAUAAAUUUAUUUGUAUGUAGGUAUUAUAGAAAUGUGCUCAUUAAACCAACAUAUAAAUGUGAAUAAAGUUAGAUUUUCUACAACAAUUUAAAUUAAAUACAAAUUCAACGAAACAAAAGGAAUGACAUAAAACUAAAAAAAAAAAUUAUGUGCUUAAACCUUAAAUCCAAAAUAAUAGAACUACAUGGUAGAAAACUGACUGAUUGUGGUACAAUUUCGCAAGAGAACUAAUAAAAAAUUUAUUAAAAUAAAAAAA